AUGGCGAAAAAGGGCAAGGCCGCCGCCGCCGCCGCCGCUUCAGCGUCCGACUCGGGGGCGUCGAGCCCCCAGGGCUCCGUCGAGGGCGGCGGGGAGAAGGAGGGCGGCUUCCUGCUAGGCCAGCCGACCUGGGAGGACGCCGGCGGCGGGCGGUGGCGGUGCGCGGAGACGGGGCACGAGCUGCCGGAGCGGGAGAAGGACGCCUACGCGCGGUCCCGCGCCUGCCGCCUCGCGCUCAUCGACCACGGCGUCGCGCACAAGAAGCCGCCGCUCAACGCCUUCAAGCCCCACCCCGAGCACAAGUCCAAGCUCAUAUGCAACAUUACCGGGGACACCAUAAACAAGUCGGAGGAGCACAUCUGGAAGCAUGUAAAUGGGAAGAGGUUCCUGAAUAAACUAGAAAAGCUAGAGGAAAAGAUGGCAUCAGGCGAGACAGGCAAAGUAGAAGGUGAACAGUCAAAUGAAGUCGCAAAGAAAUCCAAGUCUACCAAGAAGAAGGACAAGAAGAAGGAGAAGAAGGAGAAGAAGAAAGCUGCUGUUGUCAACCCUUCUUUGCCACGAGAACCUGAACCAGAAAUUGAUGAUUCAGAUGAUUCGGAAUUUUGGGUGCCUCCUGUUGGAAGUCGUUGGGAUGAUGAUGACGGGAAAGACCGAUGGGAGUCCUCUCCGGGGAAGGAUGAUAUAGCAGAGGAUGAAGGUGCAUCCGAUGAUGAGGAUGACGACGAAAUGGCUGACAAGGAUGAUGAAGUGUCGGAGGAACUGGCUUCAAGCAGGACAAAGCGAUUGUCAGUGGAAGCUGUUGGACCAAGUAGUUUCGCAACAAGGAAGAAAAAGCCCCGAAAGGAUGAGUAG